AUGGCCCAGGCUGCUGCAAAAUCUGGUGGCGAAAGCCCUAAAUGUUCUAAGGCCUUGUUUUCUCCCACGUCACCUCCAAUGCGUCGCGCGCAAUCGCUAACGGUCGGUAAUUUGCCUGUGAAAAGACCCGAUGGCUCCUCUGCGACACUAGGUGGGACAUCGGCACACGACCCAAACUUCCGCUAUUUUUUUGGGUACAUCGAGCAGUCGCAGUUAGCCAUUCAGAGCUUGCGAACGAGCUUCGAGCGUGAGCGAGCAGCAUUUGCGGAAGAGCGAAAGCUGUGGGAGAAAGAAAGGACCAUUAUGAAACUUACGAUUGCGGAACUGGAGAAAGGGCAGAUUAAAUUAGGCAGAAUGGAAAAGACCCAGAUGUCAUCGAAUCCCAUUGGAAUGCAGGGCCGUAAGCCGCAAGGUAUCCAUCAUAUAUGGGAAGGAUCAAGCCCAACUGCACAUCCUACGAGAAUAUUUUUGGACGAGGUGGAAGAAGAGAGUCCCAAGGCCCCGACACUUCACCGCAAUCACCAUGAUAUUGGAGUACCCCCUUCCCUUGACGAAGCACUCUCCCCUCGAAUGCGACCCGUCGAUCGUUCCGUUGCAGUUGGAGUACCUAUCGAGCUAGUCGACAGCAGUCUAGAUGGAAUCACUCUUAAAUCUACCGCUCUCCCACCCGAUGUCCUCGCAAGAGCCUCCUCGCUCUCCCCUAUGUCCCUCGCAUCACCACCUUCAAACGAAGCACCAGACGCCAAACACCCAUUACGGAUUUCACUUUCCGAAUUGGGACCCCCGGAGGAAAAUCUUGUCAGAGACGCGGGACAUACCCCGAAGCCAAUCAUUGAACUGGGGCCAGAGAUAAACAAUGUAUCAACAGAGGAUAAUACAUUGACAGUGGAAUCGCCCAUUGCUCCACAGCAAACGCUCGAGGCAGAGGCGACGGCGGACUCGUACAUUCCUGACGUCGAUGAUGACCCGGCCCUCGAAGGUCCCCUUGGCCUGAAGAAUGACGAGAAGCAGGACCUAGAGUUUCUGAAGACCCUUGACCAGAAGCUAUUGGAUGAAGCGAGAAAGCUCACGCAACGUGGGCCCGGUUCCGAUUCUAGCGAGCAAGACUGUACAGGCCCCAGUCAAGAAUCGGAGCAUGCAAAAACUGAGCCGGAGCCUGGGAUCAAGUUUAAACAUAGCACGAAUUUUGGUUCGGCUUUUGGAUCUUUAUAA